AUGAAAAAAAAAAAGGUAAGGGCGAAACGAAGUCAUACAAACCUACUCCCCAUCACUUUUGAUAACUCCUUUUCACAAUUGCACAACUACAUUCCACAAAUGGUUGAUUCUAAACAAGUUCUCAGGUUGUAUAAACAACUCCUUAACAAAGCUUACAAAUUUGACAACUACAAUUUCCGUGAAUAUUCCAAACGCAGGGUACAUGAUGCAUUCAAAGAACAUAAAUAUUUAACUGAUGAAGAACAAAUAAAUAGGUUUUACAAUGAGGGUAUUGAUAAUCUAGCGUUGUUGACGAGACAAACUACAAUUUCCCAGUUGUAUACUUUCGAUAAGUUGGUUGUUGAACCAUUGAAGAAGCAUCAUUAG